GGUUCCGUGUGGAAAGUUUACCGGCUCGGGUGCAAAGUUUCAACCCGUCUGCAAACGCCAGCUCGUCGGCAAAACGUUUCUGGAAUGUGCUGGUGACGACGGAGGUUGAACCGAGGAACCGGGAACCGGGAACCAGCACCGAAUCACGGAUUAAUCCCCCCCCCCAUCCCCCUCGGUUGUCCACGGCACAGGACGGAGGGAUGCUACCGUGAAUGAAGACCCUGUUUCCACCCAGCGUAUUGUCUCAGCUAGCUUACCCCCCGUUAGCUUGGAGUCGAGCCGGUUAGCUAGCUAUCCGGGCUCCGGUGUGUGAUCUCCGGAAGAAAAGGAACCGUAUCAAACUCGAACCCCCACACACCGAAGCGAAGAUGGCUUGCGAGCCGAACCGGGUCCGGCUGCUGUGCAUGCUCUCGCUGACGUUCGGCUUCUUCAUCGUGGAGGUGGUGGUGAGCCGCUUCACCUCGUCCCUGUCCAUGCUCUCCGACUCCUUCCACAUGCUGUCGGACGUGAUCGCUCUGGUGGUCGCGCUGGUGGCGGUGCGGUUCGCGGAGAAGACCCACGCCACCAACAAGAACACGUUCGGCUGGAUCCGGGCGGAGGUGAUGGGGGCGCUGGUGAACGCCGUCUUCCUCACGGCGCUGUGCUUCACCAUCGUGCUGGAGGUGAUCGAGCGGCUCACCGAGCCCCAUGAGAUCAAGCGGCCGGAGGUGGUGGCCUGGGUGGGCGCCGCGGGGCUCGUGGUCAACCUGCUCGGGCUCUGCUUGUUCCGGGAGCACGCCGGCGGAGGCCACGGCCACAGCCACGGAGGAGGGGGGGGCCACGGCCACGGCAGCAAGAGCAAGAAGGAGAAAAGUGUCCAGAAGGCUGGGAACGGGUCUUCUUCAGGAGAGGAGACCAACAACCUGGUGGCGAACCACAGCAGCCCGGGGGACGUGCGGCUGAGGAACGAAAUCGGCUCUAAAGACAACGCAGAUGUGCAGAUGAAUGGCAACCCCAACUUUGAGGACAUGGACCACGUCCCUGAAUCGCAGCUGAACAUGCGCGGGGUCUUCCUGCACGUGUUGGGCGACGCCCUGGGCUCCGUCAUCGUGGUUGUGAAUUCUGUUAUAUUCAUAUUUGUGUGGCAGCCCUGCGAAGAUGAUGCAGAGUGUUACAACCCAUGCGUCCGCCAUACCGACCACCACUUCAAUCAAACGAUGGCCUCCAUGAAGGCCGCCGGCCCCUGCUGGAUCCUCUACCUGGAUCCCGUCCUCUGCAUCAUCAUGGUGUGCAUCCUGCUGUACACUACCUUCCCGCUUCUCAAAGAGUCGGCCCUCAUCCUGCUGCAGACCGUGCCCAAGCAGAUCAACAUGCACCGGCUCAACGAGCGGCUGCUGGGUCUGGACGGCGUGCUCGCCAUCCACGAGCUGCACAUCUGGCAGCUGGCCGGCAGCCGCAUCAUCGCCACAGCGCACAUCAAGUGCCACGACCCCACAUCUUACAUGGAGGUUGCCAAACGGAUCAAGGACUUCUUUCACAAUGAGGGAAUCCACGCCACCACCAUCCAGCCAGAGUUCGUCACGUUCGACUCUGCGUCUCGGGACUCCCUCUGCGAGCUCUCCUGUCGGACUCAGUGCGCUCCCAAGCUGUGCUGCGACUCGGUCGACAAGCAGAACUCAGGCUCAGACAAGAAGACCAACAGUGACUAUAAGCCAGGUGCUGCUUCUGCCCUGGAGGUGAUCAGUGAGACCAUAGAGCAGCCUGCCAGCCUUCACGUGGGCCCCCUGUCAGAGCCCGAGGUCAUCAUCACCAGAGAGGUGGAGUCAUCUCUUUGAGACAGAGGGGACAGAGAGAAGUGGAGGAGAGGCUGUGAAACGACCACUUUGGGCAGAUAUCAUCAUCAAUGUCAUUUGCAGGAUGUGGUUAUCUCUUUGCUCUAGAGUCGCCCUGAUACAGAAAAGAAAUUCCAUCACCUUUUACUCUCUGUUAUCGCUCCUGGUAAAAGCCCCUCAAAACCUUCUGUUUAUGCAUUUCAGCCUCGUUCUUUUUAUCCUCUUCCUCCCUCUCAUGUCC